AGUCUCGCGGUGUUUAGACACAUUUCAGACAUCUUGCAUUUUUCAGUCUGAAAGAACAAAUUUAUAAAAUACCGUUGACUUCAUCGGGCCAAGCGAACCCGAAAUAACAGGGCCUUUAUUGUUGAUAUUCGUGACUUAUUUGUAUUUCGAGCGAAUGCAUGUGAGGUUAUAGGUGGCUGAACCGAGAGCUCGCGUGCCAAACCACUGAGUGGAUUGUCUCUCCCGGGGCUCUCGAGCCGUAUUGUGCGUCAUUUUCAUAGCUGCAUUUUGUUUUUCUAUCGAGGCAACAUGGCAACUCCCGCCGCGGUAAAUCCAUCGGAGAUGGGCAGUGAGUUGCCGGGGCCAGUUACUAUGCCGGGGGCGGUGGUGGGGGCGGGCCAAGUGAGGAUGGGCGGAGCCAUGCCGGGCCGCGGGGGCAAGAGGAGAUCCGGAGGGAUGGACUUUGAUGACGAGGAUGGGGAAGGACCAAGUAAAUUUUCAAGGUAUGAUGAUGAUGAUCAGAUACCUGGUGAUGAUAAGGAGAGAUAUGCCAGAGAGAACCACAGCGAGAUAGAGCGGCGUCGCCGUAACAAGAUGACCCAGUACAUCACGGAGCUGUCGGACAUGGUGCCCACCUGCAGCGCUCUGGCCCGCAAGCCAGACAAACUGACUAUCCUCCGCAUGGCUGUGUCCCACAUGAAGUCCAUGAGAGGGACCGGGAACACGUCCACUGACGGGGCGUACAAGCCCUCGUUCCUGACCGAACAGCAGGGUCUACAAACCCUCCUCCUCAGCAAACAGGAGUUGAAGCACCUCAUCUUGGAGGCGGCCGACGGCUUCCUGUUUGUGGUCGCCGCGGAGACGGGACGCGUGAUCUACGUGUCUGACUCGGUGACGCCGGUGCUCAACCACCCGCAGUCGGAGUGGUUUGGCAGCACGCUGUAUGAGCAGGUGCAUCCUGACGACGUGGACAAGCUGCGGGAACAGCUCAGCACCUCAGAGAAUUCCAUGACAGGGCGUAUCCUGGACCUGAAGACCGGAACAGUGAAGAAAGAGGGGCAACAGUCGUCUAUGAGGAUGUGCAUGGGCUCCAGACGAUCCUUCAUCUGCAGAAUGAGGCCGUUUGGCAAAUUGAAACCAGCAUCAGGGAUGACUGUCUGCACUCUGCGGUGACCACAGCUGAGAAUACACAACACACACAGAGCCCCGAACAGCAUGCCAUGCAACCAAGUGGAAAGGAAUUGUUCAUUCUUCAACAUCAUUUCAGGGAAGCUAAUAUUAGCCAACUCCAGAAGAGCAGAAGAUGAUGUCCUCUUGAACCUUUUGUUGAUCAGUGGAAAAACCCAGGUUGUCCCUCCUCUCUGCUCUCAAUGAUACCUGACUCACCGGCUGAAAGAAACUCACAUGUCAAAUGGCUUCCAUCUUGGUUUCCAUACUGUGAGACGGUGUAGACUUGGUUACAGCAGUUAAAGCUGACAUCACUGACCAUAAAUCCCUUUUUCUGCUUCUUUUAAACUUCCUGUAUCCAGGUUCUCAGGUCUCCCUGAGAUACAGUCUGUUCUGUAAGAGAGACCUGGUCCAACAGUACACGUUGUUUUCCCUCUCCAUUUCUAUGCAGUCAGUAUACGUGUCAUUUAGCAGACACGAAAACACACACACACACACAAAAGCAGGUUCAGAUUUCAAAUGUAUUGUUCUCAUUGAGGAGAAUCCUAUCCACAGCAACAUGGCAACACACCAAACAAGAUUUUUCCAAUAACACUCACCAUGGCUGUGUUCCAAAUAGCACCCUAUUCCCUAUACAGUUCAUAUGGCUCUGGUCUAAAGUAGUGCGCUAUAUAGGGGAUAGGGUGCAAUUUGUCCUGCAUCCGGAGUCUCACAGCGAACAUAACAGUACAUUAUAUAAUGUCAGGCACUGGUUAUUUGUUCAGUGUGUGUGUGUGUGUGUGUGUGUGUGUGUGUGUGUGUGUGUGUGUGUGU